CAACUGUUUAUUUACAAUAAUAAAUAAUUGAAUUGAACAUAAAAAUGUUAGGGCAAUGUAAAAAUUAAAAGUAUUAAAUUUAAUUUGUUUUAAAGAUAAAAAUAUCAUAAUGGCUCUUUCAGAUUUAAAUGAAGCUCGAAAUGAAUUAGAAGCCUGUCUCACCGAAGAAAUGAAAAAGGAGUACUUUGCAUUGCUAAGGAAAUGGUUUCUUUUCAGCUCGCCUAUAACCAAAGAACAUUUUGACAGUGAAGCAAGAAAAAUAUUAAUAACUACUGAACAAAUCCGUUGUCACAAUUAUUUCAUACUGGCCAUCCUCGCCAAAUGUAGUUCUAACAAUAAACCGAAACAUACGAGAUCAUCAAAUGAAAAGGGUGGUUUUGAAAACAUCAAAUAUUCAGAUUAUUUGCAACCUUUGAGUCCUACAAAUGUAGCACCAUCUGAAUUUGAAAACCGCAGUGCAGCAGCAGAACUUUUUUUACCAGAUAGUAAUUUUGUUUCUUGUAAAGUAGCUAUAGUGGCUUGGGAAAAUGGUAUGAAGGGGGCCUCUGAUAAAGUUACAGACUUAAUGGUACAUGCUUGCCAGGUAUUUGUAAAGAAUAUAAUAACAGCAAUGAUUUCCCGAAAAAAAGGAUACAAAAUCAGAGACAACAAACUUCAAUUUGGUUUUAACUUCCCAAUUCCAGAUCCAUUCAUUCGAAAUUCCAACAACAUAUUUGACGAUACUCUAGAAUGUAAAGUAGAAGUAGUUGAAGAUGAACCUAUGUUUAAACCAAAAUGCAAAUUAUCAUUAGAAAGUGCUGAACAGAAAACGGCGUUUGCAUACUCUUGUGCCAAGAAACCUUGUUUAGAUAAUAGUUUAACUGUGAAACUUUUGUAUGAUACGAUCAGAAACAAUCCAAAUAUAUUAGGGUUGCAUUCGAUUAGUAGCAUUAACACAUUUAAACUGAGUUUACAGACAUAUGAUGAAAACAGUGAUUGAAGUGAUUUAAGCUUUGUAUAUUUUAUUUAUUCCGAUUUUGUACAUAAAAAAUAUAGUUAAGUAGAAGUAAAA